GACCGCGGCCUGCUGCGGGUCAGGGCUGGCCUCGCCCCUUGCCGGGGGGCCCGCGGCGGCGGCGAGCGCGUCUCCUGUCGCGGCUGUUUACGUGCUGUCCCCCAGGCUUCAUUCCCCACCUCACGGCUGCGAACCCGGCACUGAUCCCGGGCCUGGGACCCGUGCGCCCUGGGAUUAAACCCCGCCGCGGUUACGGAGAGACUUUGGAUUGCAGUUCUCUAGCACGGAGUAAAACUGGCUGACACCAUCACUUGAACUCUGUGUGCUCGACAGAGAAAGGUUAGGAUGGGAAAUAGUGCACUAAAAGCCCACUUGGAGACAGCACAGAAAACUGGUGUGUUUCAGCUAACAGGAAAGGGACUUACUGAGUUUCCUGAAGAUCUGCAGAAGCUAACAAGCAACUUAAGGACAAUAGACUUGUCGAACAACAAAAUAGAGCUCUUGCCACCUCUCAUUGGAAAAUUUUCCUUUUUGAAGAGCCUUGCUCUAAACAACAACAAACUGACUGCUUUACCUGAGGAGCUGUGUAAACUGAAAAAACUGGAAACACUACACUUGAAUGGCAAUCACUUGAGGCAGCUACCAGCUGCAUUUGCACAACUUUCAGCUCUCAAAACCCUGAGCCUUUCUGGAAACCAGCUUCGCACUGUGCCCACACAGCUCUCUGGUCUUCGCCAUUUGGAUGUGGUAGAUCUUUCAAAAAACCAGAUCCAAAAUGUCCCCGACACUGUGGGAGAACUGCAGGCUAUCGAACUCAAUUUGAAUCAGAAUCAGAUUUCCCAGAUCUCGGUGCAGAUCUCCCACUGUCCACGCCUCAAAGUCUUGCGUUUAGAAGAAAAUUGUCUAGAACUCAGCAUGCUGCCUCAGAGUAUCCUCAGUGAUUCCCAGAUCUCACUGCUUGCAGUAGAAGGCAACCUCUUUGAAAUCAAGAAACUCAGAGAACUGGAAGGUUAUGACAAGUACAUGGAACGAUUUACAGCUACAAAGAAGAAGUUUGCAUGAUCACUAUUCUGACCCUUAUAUUACUAGUAAGAAGACUUAGACUAGAAGCAUCUGCUUCACUGACUUGAAUCAAGACUGAUGAAGGAAAUGAUCAGAGUACUCCUCUUCUCGUAGUCUGAAACAGCCUGUUAAGACCACAUUGAAUAAACUUGAACUAGAGAAUAUAGGUAUUGAACUGAUGAACCUGCCCAGGGGCCAGUUUUGAUUUUUGUGCCACAAUAGCUUUUAACACAGUACAUGUUCUCCUUUGUCAGGGCUUGUUCUUUCACAGAGAAAGGGAACAAGCAUUUCAAAGUUGCCAGUUCCCUUUUGUCAGGAAGCUGGCUGUUGAUUUGUAAGAGGAUUAUUUCUUCUAGAAACAUUUUUCCAUGAUAGCACAUGGAAGUUCUACCACCAAAGCACUGUAAGUCUUGCAGUAAGCACUGUUCUGCAGAGAACUUUUACAAAUAAGGUUUUAGUUUAUAACCUGUCUACGUUUUUUGGUUUUGUUUUUGUUUUUUUACUGAAGCACAAAUAGUUGUGGUUAAGUUAAAUGUUUUAUUAACAGCUUCCAGUAAACAAAUUGUGGUUUGAGCAUCCUUAAUUUAUAUUUUACUCUACAGGCUUUCUUUUCCCAUAAGCACGAAUUGCACUACAGUCCACUUUUGCUUGAGCUGUAUCAAAUAAAAAUUAGGUUCAUCUUCAGUGUAUUCAGUAAAAAUGUAUAUUGCUAGAAAAUAUAUCCUUGCACUGACUCCUUGUGUACAGAGCAAUGCUGAAGGUUUUAGUCGUCAGCCUACUGCUGCUGCCUUAUUACCAAAAGCACCUAGAAAGAGCAAAUAAUGUAUGCAAUUAUGUAACUUAUACUGAAAAGGAAAUGUACUUGUAUAUUUUAGUAAAUUAUUUUCAAAAAAUCAGUUCAAAUUUA